CAGCAUGACCCAGGGAUCUAACAGCACCGUUUGUUUUGUCGAGGUGAGGCAUGGGCUUCUAACAGUCUGCUACAAUCUCGGUGAUGGUCCCAACACAGUCACACUUCCCGACCAUAAAAUAGACACUGGAGAGUGGAAUGACGUUGGCUUGGAAAGGAUGCAGAACGAGUUCACGCUUCGCUUUAAUGGAGGAGGGGAGCACAGAGAGAUAACAGCAGCUCACGGGACCUACAAAGAAAUUAAAGUCGAUCCAAGAGGCGCGAUUCUGGGAAGCAUCAACCAGUCGGGUUAUCAAGGAUGCAUAAAGAACGCGAGACUGAACGGCUGCCGCCUGCCCAUGGAGAACACGACGGCCUCGCCGGUGUCAGUUAUAAGCCGGGAAGGAGCGACCGAAGGCUGCGUCUCAGACGUCUGUAGCAGCAGCCCCUGCAGCCGCCGCUUUGUCUGCAUUGAUCUAUGGAUGAACCAUGAAUGCAGGUAUCAAACAACGCGUGCUGGGGUCACAAGACUUCAGAAGACAUUAGAGCUUUGGGAAAUUACCUUGUGCUUUCUAAGCAUUCCCAGUUAA